AUGAUAGGCAUACAGGUUAGCUACAAAUACCUUGGUAUCCCUUGGUAUCACAUGAGGAGACAAGAAAGGCGGCAAUAUCUAAGUAUCGUCAAAGGACAAGAUCUUGAAGAGACAGCUCAAAGGGAAGAAGAAAAUCCAUGUCAUGAAUAUGCCAGUCAUGCAGCUGGCACUGCAAGAUGUACAAAAGAAGACAUGGAGGUGAGGCUUGGUGAAUGUGAAUGUGAAAACCACUAUCUUGAAACUCGAAACAUUCAGAAAUAUAACAGCAAGAUGGCACCAAAGGAUGAGCAGCUGAAAGAAUGUCUGAAAUAUGUAAAGACAUUGGAAAACCAUCAAGAAGAGAAAAUACGAUGGCAAAGAUCCUUCAUGGAUUACACCAUCGAGAGAUAG